GUAGGUGGUGGAUGCACGCUUGCGGCGAUGCUUGCUCGUGAUCGUAACAGUUGUUGACAGCCACCACCGGAUGUGCGGGUGUGUUUCUCUUUGUCAUUAGUGUUUGCCCGGAUAUUUUCAUUCGGGAAAUUCGCGAGUGAUUUUGCGUGUAUAGAGGUGCUACAAUUUGUCUUGUCAAUGAAUUUAAAUUAGGCGCUACCCGCCCAAUUCAGUUCAUACAUCGAGUUUGUGACAAAAGUGGGGAGUGGCGUUCUGGAUGUGGCUUUCUACACCCCUUUGGAGGUCAAUAAGCGAAAAAGGACACUUGACACCUGAAAUUACACCUUUUCUGUUUGACUCAUGACAGAGGAGAAACCACUUAAGUUUAAGUAGUGCGAACAAUUAGGUGUCAGACAAAUUCACAAUUUUCGUGCCCUUAAAGUGGUAUGACUGUGGAUUUUUCGAACACCGUUGGUCGUUCCUUAGAAGUGAGGACUGGGAUUAGCGGAAAAUGGCAGAUCUGAAGAAUUUGACACAUGGGUCUGGCGGAGGAACCAAAUUUCUUGGUUUUGAUCAAGUGCAAUUUGUUGCCAGUGCUAGUAAUCAAGGUGACAAUCAAGUUGCAAUUAAAUCUCCACCGUCAACCUUGCAUUUAGAGAAUCUCAACAAUGCAGUACUAGGGGGUUCACAGAACAAUUUGCACCUCAGCUGUAAUGGUGUAGCCACAAAUGGAUCUGCAGUUGUUUCGAGUGGUGUUUUAGCAAGAAAGGUGCCUAAUCAUGUUGGUGCCAGUCCGGGACAGCCUAAUAAAAAACCAACAGUUUCCCUCACGCAUUUGCCAAAAAGACCUCCCGUUGAUAUAGAAUUUAAAAAUUUGGCCUACAGUGUUUCUGAGGGUCGAAAAAGAGGGUACAAAACAAUUCUAAAAUGUGUGAACGGAAAAUUCAGAUCUGGAGAACUCACAGCUAUUAUGGGACCAUCUGGAGCAGGGAAGAGCACACUUAUGAACGUUCUAGCUGGUUACAAGACGUCAAACCUGAGUGGAUCUGUUUUGAUAAACGGGAAAGACAGAAAUCUUCGCAGAUUUAGAAAAAUGUCUUGUUAUAUCAUGCAAGAUGAUCGUUUACUACCGCAUUUAACAGUAUAUGAGGCGAUGACAAUCUCAGCGAAUCUUAAAUUAGGAAAAGACAUCAGCGCAGCUGCCAAAAAAGUUGUUGUAGAAGAAAUUAUCGAAACUUUGGGCCUAAGCGAUGCAAGCAAUACUCAAGCUAUUUGUCUUAGUGGUGGUCAACGAAAAAGAUUGUCCAUCGCCCUAGAACUUGUCAAUAAUCCCCCCGUAAUGUUUUUCGACGAGCCAACUUCCGGUCUCGAUAGCUCUUCCUGUUUUCAGUGCCUCAGUCUCCUGAAAUCACUCAGCAGAGGAGGAAGGACCAUAAUUUGUACUAUUCAUCAGCCCAGUGCGAGACUUUUCGAGAUGUUCGAUCAUCUCUACCUUUUAGCAGAAGGACAAUGUAUAUAUCAGGGAAAUGUGGGUGGACUUGUCCCCUUUUUAUCUUCAAUGGGUCUCGAUUGUCCGAGCUACCACAACCCUGCUGAUUAUGUUAUGGAAGUGGCGUGUGGGGAACACGGUGAAUGUAUGCACAAAUUAGUGAUGGCUGUGAACAACGGGAAAUGCAAUAAUUAUCAGCAUUACCAAGCAACUUUUGCGGCAGCUCAGGCACUUUCGAAUGAUAUUUCGAAGCAGUCGCCACCGCAGGAGCAAACUAAAGCGGAAGAUGCACCCUUAAUUCCAAAUGGGGUUGCAAAAGGACCAGUUGGAACAGCUGUGAUUAAUAUGCCAGUUUCCUGUACAACUUCACUUUUGGACAGUGCAGAAAGUAUAGAACAACAAGUUGGAUUUCCGACCAGUGGUUGGGUCCAAUUUUGGAUUCUUCUCAAGAGAACCUUUUUGUCACAAAUUAGGGACAUGACACUGACGAGGGUACGGCUUGUGUCACAUGUAAUAGUUGGUCUUCUGAUCGGUGCUAUUUAUUACCAAAUCGGAAACGAGGCUUCGGUGGUUACCAGUAACGCUGGUUGCGUGUUUUUCACAGUCAUGUUUAUCAUGUUCACCGCAAUGAUGCCUACGAUUCUGACAUUUCCAGUAGAAAUGGCUGUGUUUGUAAGAGAACAUUUAAACUAUUGGUAUUCGCUGAAGGCUUUCUACUUAGCGAGAACAUUGGCUGAUAUACCAUUUCAAAUAAUGUAUUCAGUAGCAUAUGUGAUGAUAGUCUAUUUUAUGACAGCACAACCUUUGGAGUUGGAAAGGUUCCUCAUGUAUCUCAAUAUUUGUGUAUUGACUUCGCUCGUGGCACAAUCAAUUGGAUUACUUAUCGGGGCAGCAAUGACUGUCGAGACUGGAGUCUUCAUCGGUCCAGUGACAUCGGUACCAAUCGUUCUUUUCUCCGGAUUUUUCGUGAAAUUCAAAGCAAUUCCCGCCUACCUAAAAUUCCUUUCAUACCUCUCAUACGUCAGAUAUGGAUUUGAAGGAGCCAUGAUCUCAGUCUAUGGAUAUAAUCGAGCAAAAUUAAAAUGCUCAGAGCCCUAUUGUCACUUCAAAAGUCCUCAGAAAUUUCUGGAGGAAAUGUCAAUGGUCGACGCCGUGUACUGGAUCGACGUCGUCGCCCUCGUCAGUUUUCUGAUAGGCCUCAGAAUCGUCGCCUACUUCGUGCUAAGGCUCAAGCUUCGAUCUCUGCGUUAACUUAAAAUUAUAUUAAAGAUUAUAAUUAAAAAUCGAAUCUAAAUAUCGAGCUACUCAAUCCAAUUUCAAUCAUCACAAGAGAUCCAUCGCAUCAAGCAAUGGAACCAAAGAUCGACUGAGCUUCUUCAAGAAGAAUCUAAGACUUUCGGACCAGGUGAAAUAAUCGACUUUCCGAUAUUAAAUUUAAACGAAAUAUAAUUGUAUCAAAUCGACUCGAAAAUAAUUUAAUGAUACGAAGGGGAAAUGAAUCCCGAAGUAGUUUCGCGAAUUUGAAUCUUUCUUUCGACUCAAACUCGAGGUUGAUUAGUUGCCUUGAGUUUGCACCUGCUUUUUCGAAAAUCGAAGCAGUGUUCGUUCCAGCUUUGGACUUUGUAAAUUUUUAUAAAAGGGGUUGCGGACUCGCGAAGGGUGCCAACUCGGCGAAUAUUUAGUAUAAUUUUGUAUAAAUUGUUGUUGCGUCGAGCGUUGUCAGAUAGACGUUCCUUUUCUAUUUUUCGUGGAGGGUUUGGGUCACUGAACACUAUGGUGCUUCGAAAAACUCGAUUUUUUAAAACUCGAAACGUAAUAGUGCGAAAAAACUACCGACUGGGAAGAAAAAUUGAGGCAAAAAAAGGCUAAAAUCGGUAAAUAGAAAAAAAAUUUCUUCAAGUUAGGAUUAUUUAAAAAUGCGCAAAAACCCCAUUCUUUUGGACUUAGUUUUUUUCUCAUUAGAAAAAAAUUGAUAAUGUUAGGCUUUAAAUUUCUUCCGAUUAAAUCGAAGAAACAUGUAAUUAUAUUUAUUUAAAUUAAAAACAAUUAUAUUUAUAAAAAAUAGGCCAUAAUUUUUUGGCUCAUAAAAAGUUGAUAAAAAAUUGGUCAAAAAUUGAAACUUUAAACGUCAUUCGUGACGAAGAUAUUGACCGAUUUCAAAAUGUUUUUGGGGCCCGACUUGCCUUCAUAAAAGGCAAAUUUUCUGCACUAUUAGGUUUCAAGUUUUAAACAAUAGCGUUUUUCGACCCAACCUACUGAACACACAAUUAGCCUAGGUUUUUAAUGUUAGGAUAAGUUUUAGGUAGGGGAAUUCAACGAGAUUUUAAUGUAAGUCGAUUUUUUUUAUGUUUCAGUAAUUCGUUAUUUAAGUUGAAAAAUUACAAAAAAAAUGUAAUUUUUUAUAUUUCUACAAUCUACUUUGCUCUGUUUAUUGAUAUUUUCCAUAAAGGAAAUUUUUACAAUAUUAUAGACUGAGUUCCUUAAUUUCUUCGAUUGUUAUAAAUUAAUUAAUGGAUCAAACUGACAUUUGUGAAUUUUUAACUAAAAAAUUACAAUUUUCGACUAAAAAUGGAAUAAAUAAAUUUUCUUUUAUAAAAG